AUGACUUCAGGAUAUGGUAAAGAGGUAACUUUGAAAGAAUCAUCUGCAGGAGAAUCAACUUCAGAAGAGUCUACUCACCUGGAAACUGGCCUCGGUGAGAGAGAUCUCUUGGCAAGUUUUAGGGAUGUUUCCGUCGCCAGAUCUCUUGCUUCAACAACUUCUGAUAUAGGACGAGUUCCUACUAACAAAUCAAUAUUGUACCUUGAUCCUGAGCAGCGUCCGCCAAUAUUUAAAUCAACUUUUCAAGAGUAUAUAUGUGUUGCUUUAUUCACUUUUGCUCCAGCGGCCGCUUCAAUGGGUUCAGCUUGUUUUCAGACCUCUCUUUCAGUGACAUCUCAAUAUUUUGGUAUAGAUGGAGGUGUGUUGACCUGGUGUGUUAAUAGUAUCAUGCUUGCUAAUGGUGGCUGUAUGCUAUUGAUGGGAGGAAUUGCAGACGCUCUUGGGAGACGUAAUUCGUUGAUUAUUGGUUUCUUUUCUUAUGCUUUAUUCUCGUUGAUUGCAGGCUUCAUGAAGAACUUUGCUGUUUUAUGCAUACUGCGCGCUCUUAUGGGUGCUGCUGUUGCAUGUGCAACCCCUGCAGCCGCAGGAUUUCUUGGCUCUACCUACAAAGACUCCAAAAGAAAGAAUAUGGCUAUGAGUAUCUUUGCGCUCGGAUCUCCUGUUGGUGGUGCAUCGGGUUACAUAAUUGCAGGUGUUUGUAUAAUAGCAUUCAACUGGCGUGCAGUUCAAUAUUUUCUAGCUAUUCUUUUUGGCUUCUGCUCCAUAGGUGUGGUACUUUUUAUGCCUGAUGAUGAGACUCGCAUGCAAGGAAUUCAUGCCAGCCAGAUUUUUAGGCAUUUGGAUUAUGGUGGUUCGUUUAUCUCGUUAGCAGCAUUCACUCUCAUUUGCUUCUCUCUUACUCAGGUAGAUGCCGCUACAGAUGGUUGGGGAACUCCUUACAUUAUUGCUCUUCUUGUUGUAGGUAUAGUAUUGAUUCCAGUGUUUGUGCUCUACGAGAUGCAUAUUCCCAGUCAACCUAUUAUGCCAAUGGCUCUUUUCAAGAGUUGGAAUUUUGAUCUAUGUAUGAUCAUUUCUACUUUUUCUUGGAUAAACUUUCAAGGUGUGUUGAAUUAUUACUCUAUUGUCUACUUUGAGAUGAUCCGUGGCUAUUCGGCUAUUUUAACAGCUUGCUGUUUACUUCCACAACCCAUUUGUGGUAUCUUUGCUAACAUCUUUGCGGGCUUGACUAUGCACAAGAUUCCCGGUAGAAUUUUUAUUUUCGUCGGAUGUCUUGGUUUUCUUAUUGCUAGCAUUAUCUGGGCAACCUUUCCAAUCGAUAGAAAUUAUUUCUUGGGGCCUUUUUGGGCUUUCAUUGUUUGUGUUUUGGGGGCUGAUUUUAUAUACAACGUUGCCAAUCGUUGCUCGUUGGGCCUCGUUGAAAAAGAAGUUCAGAGCAGAGCUGCAGGUACUUUUAAUACUAUCAUUCAAUUGGCCUCGUCGGUGGGUUUGGGACUUUCAAGUACAAUUGUUUCUUCAAAAUAUAGUCUUUAUGGUACAUCUGAGCAAAAUGACCAUAAGCAAGAAUUCUGGAAUGCUAUUAGAUACGCCUUCUACUUUGGUAUUGCAUUGUCUGGAAUUUCUUUGAUCCUCAGCCUGUUUUUGAGGAUUGGCGUCAUUGGUGCUAUCAGUGGACCCGACAAGGACGAUUAUGAAGAGCAGCACAAACAAGAUAGAGUGGCGGAUUUUGUUCCUGCCCUCUACUCAGGAAAGAACGCCAGCGAGGAAGGAGCCGCCAGUCAAAAUAUGCUCAAUGACACGAUUUGA